CAUGUUUAUGAUCCAACACCCAGUCCUCUCCAGGAUUCCUGUGUUGCUGUCAAGGACAUAAAAAAUGGCGUGUUUGUAAACGGUAAAUUCUGUAAAGACCCAAAGCUUGCAGUUGCAGAAGAUUUAUUUUUUUCAGGCCUAAACAAGCAGGGGAACACAGCUAAUCCAGUUGGAUCAAAUGUCACUGUGUUCAAUGUUGAUGCAUUUCCAGGACUUAACACUCUCGGCUUAUCUUUGGCUCGAGUCGACUUUGCGCCUCAUGGCGUUAACCCUCCUCACUUUCACCCUCGAGGAUCUAAGUUUUUACUUCUUCUCGAAGGUACACUUUAUGUCGCCUUAGUUACAUCAAACCCGGACAACCAUCUCUUCACGAAAAUAUUAAACCCCAGAGAUGUUUUUGUUUUCCCAUUGGGUAUGAUUCAUUUCCAGUUCAACAUAGGGAAAACUGCGGCGGACGCCUUUGUUGGUUUCAACAGCCAAAAUUUUGGACGAUUUGACGUAACACCCUAUCAGUUUAGUAUGCCUGAACUAACACCGUUUGAUCAAUAUUUCCCGAAGUAA